CAUUUCUAUAUCCGUGUAGGGAAUCGAGUACAUCAAAUCGAAGGUCAUCAAGGUCACCAUGGCCGGAAAACGCAUUUACAGUUCGCUUCUGAAACAAUUUUCUGUUCCCAAAUGUGUGUCCAGCUCUACAGAUGGAACACAGAGAUUUUAUUCGUCUGGGGUACAGAGAGUUACAAUGAUACCCGGGGAUGGAAUUGGACCAGAGAUUUCAGCUGCUGUGAAAAAAAUAUUCUCUGCAGCCGGUGCCCCAAUAGACUGGGAAGAUGUUGAUGUCACACCUGUUAAAGGGGCCGAUGGUAAAUUCCGUCUUCCACAAGCUGUCUUUGAUUCUAUGGCAAAAACAGGUGUUGGGUUAAAGGGACCAUUAGCUACACCUAUUGGCAAAGGUCAUCAAUCUCUUAAUUUGGCACUCAGAAAAGCAUUUAGUUUAUAUGCUAAUGUACGUCCAUGUAAAUCUAUAGAAGGUUAUAAGACACCAUAUGAUGAUGUUGAUAUUGUUACUAUUAGAGAAAAUACAGAAGGUGAAUACAGCGGUAUAGAACAUACAAUAGUAGAUGGUGUGGUACAGAGUAUUAAAUUAAUCACAAAAGAAGCAUCUAUGAGAGUUGCUGAAUAUGCAUUUGAAUAUGCUAGAAACAAUGACAGAAGUACAGUUACAGCUGUUCAUAAAGCAAAUAUCAUGAGAAUGUCAGAUGGUCUAUUUUUAAGUUGUUGUAGAGAAGUGGCUGAGAAAAAUCGAGAUAUUAAAUUUAGAGAAAUGUAUCUUGACACUGUCUGUUUAAAUAUGGUUCAAGAUCCAUCUCAAUUUGAUGUACUUGUUAUGCCUAACUUGUAUGGUGACAUUUUGAGUGAUCUAUGUGCUGGUUUAAUUGGAGGAUUAGGAGUGACACCUAGUGGCAAUAUUGGAAGUGAAGGAGCAAUAUUUGAAUCUGUUCAUGGUACAGCUCCUGAUAUUGCUGGUGAAGAUAAAGCCAAUCCUACAGCUUUAUUACUCAGUGCUGUCAUGAUGCUUAGACAUAUGAAAUUAAAUGAUCAUGGCCGUAGAAUAGAACAAUCAUGUUUAGAAGUUAUCAGAGAAGGAAAUCAUCUCACAGCAGAUCUAGGUGGCUCAACGAAGUGUUCACAAUUUACAGAUGAGAUUUGUAGGCGGGUUGAAAGCUUGUCCUGAGAUAAACUGUAAACUCUUGAAACCCUGUGAUUUUAAUCUGUUGUCAUGAAACCUCUUCUUUCUAAUUCUAGUUUAUAUGUUGUUGUUUUACAUACCCAAAUUAAUAUAUUCAUGCUCUGUCAUCAGAUAUGAACAGAUGAGAAAUUGUAUGAGAGAAAGGAACAAUAGGAAAAAUACUCUUGGGUGGAAAAAUAUCUUCACUAUUGUUUUCACCUGUAAUUAAUUUAUUAUUUGUACUAAUUGCCAAAGUUAAUUUAUGGUUAUGACUGCCAUCUGUGUUGAAGUUAUCUGGAAAUUUAAAGAAGUAGUUACUGGUGGGAUAAAAUAAAGAACAAGGUCAUGAUUGUAAACUCAUCAUUUUGUGAGUUAUUAGUAUAAUAGAAUUUAGUCUGUCUUAUUUGACCACAUCUUAAAUAUUUAUCUUAAUCACUAGGAUAACAUCAAGACAAUAUUCUCUUUUUUUUUAUUAGCGGGGUAGUUUAUUCAUUAAAAGAUGAAAUACUAUCAUUUCAAAUGAAAACAUGAAGAAUAUUUUGUAUGAAUGGUUGAUAAUUAUUAGAACUUGUGAUAAUAAAGAACAAUACAGAACUUUAUACUCUUAAAAAGAUAAUUGCUACGUUUUUUGUCAUCUGAAUAGAAAGCAAUAGCUGAGGGUGCAUAUGCCUUCUGAUGCUGAUGAAAAAUUUAGGUAGAUGGAUGUCAUCAACUGAAUUUAAUACUGAAUAAAGUAGUUUUUAAAAUAAUUUAUUUUUUUGUACUACUAAUAAAUUAUAUUUUAAAACAAUAUUUUGUAGUAAUUAAGUAUUCUUGUUGUUUAUUCUAUUGUAUGGUUGUUAUUGGAAGAGAUGGGAAAUUGUAAUAAUUAUAUUGUCCAAGCAACAGUUUUGCUCACUUUUGUCUAUUUCUUAUGCUUUACAUUAUUUUUCUGAAGUUUGUUAUGAAGUCAGAAUCGUAUUUGUUAAUUUGUUUUAAGUUUACUGUUUACAAAAGACAAUAAUUUGAUUAAAAGAGCUAAAGUAAUAUAAUAGAACUGUAUGUGAUCUAACACACAACACAUAGUUUGCCUUAUAAGUAUGUCCCAAAUAUAAACAUGUAAUUAAAAUCAAUUGUGUUAGUCUAUAUAAAAACAUGUUCUGGUUCUCAGAUAAUCCUUCAAAAACAUCUGGUGUUUAUUUUCUUGAUUUUAGUUUUUCAAAGAAUUAGGUAUUGAAUUAAAAGUCUUCUCAUACAAAUCACAUUUCAAGGCACUGCAUAUAUCUUAUUUCGCUGUUUAAAGCACUGUAUGAUUAUCCAGUAUCAUAUAUGAUUGUCCGUAACAUCAGGAUUUCAUACCUGAUAAUUGAACCUUUCGGGUGGAGGGUGGGGAAUUAUGAACAUAUGGUAAUUACUGUUUUUAUUGCCACCAGCCUUUCAAAGAAAGCAGGGGACUAUUGAAAUGGGUCAGUCCAUGUGUCUGUCCGUCUGUCCAUCACACUUUUUGGGACACAAUAAUUGCCCUAGAAUGUUUAAACUUGUUGUAGGUGUUUAUUAGGUGAAUGCCUUGAUGGAGUUUGAAGGUGGACAUUUUCUGCUUAGGCUAAGCAAAGACAAGCAGUUUGAUGGACAUUAUAACUUUGAUUCUAACUAAGUGAGAGAGUUGAAACUUGGCGAAUAGUUUCAUUAUAUCAAUAUGUUGACUAAGUUCGAUAAUGAGGUAUCUGAGAAACAGAAUUUUGUUUUGUAUAGCCUUAAUUAUAGUAAUUAUACUGCUUUAAAAUAUGCAUUUGCAAAGCCAAAAUUUUUCUAGGUUAUCCCAUUAAACAUAUACCCCCCCCCCCUUCACCUCUCUUGCAUGUUCUAAUUUCCAUAGUUAUUAAUUAAUCAUACUAUAGUGUAUUUCAAAAGUCUCAUAAAACAAAACUAUAUUAUCAACCCACUUCUCGCACAAAUGUUACAUCAAAUGAAAAUACAGGUAUGUCUUUUUACUUUGAUGUUUAUUUUAAGAACCUCUCAAAGAUUGUCAUUUUUAUGGAACUGUUGAAAUAGACUAUUGGUAAAAAAUAAAAUAUAGAAAGCGAGUAAUUUAUUGAUAGUUGAGGUUUAUAUGUACAGUAUUAUAGUAGAUCUGUAAUUGUUAAGUUCUCUGUGUGUGAGUUGAUAAAAAUGUUGAAAUUUAUAUAAUCUUGUCUUU